CAGGAGAAAACCAUUUCCUAUUCCUGGCUUCUCUGCCAGCCCAGAGAGACCGAUGAAGAAGAAAAGUUUCCAAAUAUACCAGGAAAUGACCGCUGUCCCCAGUGGACAUGGGGAAGAAGUUGGUGAUGGCCCAGAAGCGGGGAGAGACUCGAGCCCUUUGCCUGGGUGUGGCCAUGGUGAUGUGUGCUGUCAUCACCUACUACAUCCUGGGCACGACUGUGCUGCCCCUCUACCAGAAAAGCGUGUGGACCCAGGAAUCCUUGUGUCAGCUGAUUGAGACCAACAUCAGGGACCAGGAGGAGCUGGAGGGCAAGAAGGUGCCGCAGUACCCAUGCCUGUGGGUCAAUGUGUCAGCCGUGGGCAAGUGGGCUGUGCUGUACCACACGGAGGAGACUCGGGACCGGAAUCAGCAGUGCUCCUACAUCCCAGGCAGCCUGGACAACUACCAGAUGGCCCGGGCCGAUGUGGAGAAGGUCAGAGCCAAAUUCCACGAGCGCCAGGUUUUCUACUGCUUCUCCACGACGCGGGAGAACGAGACCAGCGUCCUGUAUCGGCGUCUGUACGGGCCCCAGGCCCUCCUUGCCUCCCUCUUCUGGCCCACCUUCCUGCUCACCGGUGGCCUCCUCAUUAUUGCCAUGGUGAAGAUCAACCGGUCCCUCUCCAUCCUGGCGGCCCAGAAGUAGACUCAUUCUUGCCCUUCCAGCACCGGGAAUCCAGGGGUGGGACUGCUCCCCACCUGCCGAGCCGGGCCUCCUUCCCCCGUCCCCCUCUCCAGCUCAUCCUGCCUCCUGCUUCAUGGUCGACCUUUGGGAAAUCCCUUAGUUAAAGUCAUUUCCGACUCAAGAAUGUACAAUGGCCCCCCACGGCCUUGCUGGACACAAGGCCAGCUGGUUACAGCUCUCUGAUGCCUGUUUCCACUCAACUGACUCAUACCUGAUUCCUACGGUGUCACUACAGCGAGGAUUGUCACCUCUGUCCUGUGUUCUCCCUGCGGGCUCAGAGGACUGCCUCGCCCACCUGGGCAGCCGUCCUUGGCAGACCGCAGUCCUUUAUUUGCAUUUCAUAAUAAAAACAACAGCUCUCAUUUCUAGAGCACAUUUAGAAGAACGCUUUUUUAAAGAGUCAUAGAUGCUAUAUACAGCUUUUUACUCGAAUAUUAACAAACACAGUCAUUCUUCAAUAUCCACGAGGAAUUGUUUCUGAGAUUCCCUGUGGAUUUUAAAAUCCAUGGAUGUUCAAGUCCCUUCUAUAAAAUGGCAUUGGACUUGCAUAGAACCUGCACAUAUCCUCCUGUGUGUUUUAAAUGAUCUCUAGAUGAUUUGUAAUACCGAAUACAAAGUAAAUGCUGUGUCAUAGUUGUUGUACUGCAUUGUUUAGGGAAUAAUGAUAAGAAAAAAUUUUACAGAUAUUCAGUACAGAUGCAAUUUUUUCCCAAAUAUUUUCAAUCUGUGGUCGUGUCUGCAAAAUAACCAA